AUGCGUAUACUCUGUGCGAACGUAGGGAGCACCUCGUUCAAAUACCAAAUUAUUGAUAUGGAGACCACAACCUCUCUCGUCAAGGGAGGGGUGGAACGUAUUGGUAAUUCACCAUCUGCCUUCACACAUGCGGUGCCGGGUAAACCGUCACGCGAGGGCGAAAUCGAUGCACCGACACAUACUGCGGCUAUUGCCCACGCGAUGGAUCUGAUCACCGAUACUGAAGUCGGAUGCUUUGAAGACUUGUCGCAAUUAGACGGUGUCGGAUUCAAGACCAUUCUUGCCAGAGGUUACUGGCGUUCAGCACGAAUCACCGAAGACGUGAUAGAUGCACUGGAGACAUCUACGCCGCUCGCGCCGAUGCAUAACCCCGCAUAUAUCGCCUCUAUCCGUGCCUUCCAGGAACUGCUUCCGACAACCCCGCUCGUCGCUGUUUUUGAGACGUGGUUCCAUCAGACAAUCCCGGAUUACGCCGCCGAAUUCGGUGUGCCUCGCUUCUGGGUAGAAAAGCACGAUAUCCGUCGUUACGGCUACCACGGGGCUUCGCACCGAUACAUCUCUGAACGCGUGCCGCAGUUGCUCGGACAGGAGACAGCGGAAGGGUUACGUAUUAUCUCUUGCCAUCUCGGUGGCAGUUCAUCUCUCUGUGCCAUCAAAGACGGAGAAUCGAUUGAUACAUCGAUGGGAACGUCUACGCAAUACGGGAUGAUUCAGUCUACCCGUUGUGGCGAGUUAGAUGCUUUUGCAGUGCUGUAUAUGAUCGACACAGAGGGGUUCUCUACCGAUGAAAUUCGCCGUCAGUUGAUUGAGGACUCAGGGUUAAAAGGGAUCUCUGGCACGAGUGGUGAUAUGCGUGAUGUAGAGGCGGCGAUUGAAGCAGGCAACGAUGAUGCCCGGUUGGCACUGGAUACUUACGUUUACGGUGUGAAAAAGUAUAUUGGUGCGUAUAUCGCUGCGCUUGGGGGAGUGGAUGUUAUCGCUUUUGCUGGUGGUAUCGGCGAGAAAAGCCCAAUAACGCGAGCGAAGAUCUGUGAGGGGCUUGAAUGGUGUGGUAUUCAUUUAAAUGCUGUGAAGAAUGCGCAACUCACUGGCGAAGUAGACCUCUCGGCGGAUGAUAGCCGUGCCAAAAUUCUGGUUGUUGCUACGAAUGAGGAGUUGAUCGUCUCACGUGAGACUGCGCGGGUUCUCAAGGAGUGCGGUUGA